GGUGGCGGGGCUGCCCCGCUCCUCCGGGCUGCCGGGCGACGGCGUCGAGCGGGCACCGCCGCAGCGACAGCGACGACAACACCACCACCGAAAAAGAAAGGAGGAAGCUCCGUUUCACGGCCUCGCCUCUCCUCCUCCCCUCCGGCUCCCGGUACCGGGGGCCGGCAGAGAGAGGCGUGAGAGGCUUCGCGUGUGUGUAGUGGCACUGGGGCUCAGGGUAAUGAUUACCGGCGUUCCGGGUAAUGAUUACCUCUGCCUCUGCGUGCGGGAGUGCUGUCCCCCACCCUCUCGUAUAGGCGUGAGGCUCUUUUCCUGUUUCACCCGAUGCAUUUAUUGUGGCGGUUCUGAUGCAGCCGGAGAGGCAGAAUCUCCUUUCGAAAGUCGUCGCCUUCCUGCCUAGCCAGGUGAUUUUCCCGGUGUUUAAAACGGGGAGGCGUCGCAGAGAAAGCGGUGUGACAGCUUCCCGCGUGUAUUUGUGCCUGUAGAAGGUGUUUGCGCCGAGUUGCACGGAUCUUUCUCUAGGAAGCGCGUUAAAAAGCUGUAGUAACCUUAGAAAUACUAAUACGGAGCAUUUGACCUUCUAAUCUCUACAGCUGAAUCUCCUGAUACCAGAAUUAGGAAAGAGUGCCUUCAGAACCAAUAUGUAGCAAAUGGGUAUCACACCUAUGAAGCUCCUCCCUUGGUUCAAUGCUUGCAUGUUUUAAGGAUCCUUGUCGCCUCAGCAGUGAAUUGUUCUUGUGAACUUCAGAAACAGAUUUCAUGUGGUGCUUGCUAAACGUUGAGUCACCAUGAGUAGUAAUCUAGGAAAAGAAAAGGACUGUAAAGAGAAGGAUCCAAAAGUCCCAUCAUCAAAAGAAAGGGAGAAGGAGGCCAAAGCCUCUGGAGGAUUUGGGAAAGACAGCAAAGAAAAGGAGCCUAAGACCAAAGGGAAAGAUGCCAAAGAUGGAAAGAAGGACUCCAGUAGCACGCAGCCUGGGGUAGCUUUUUCAGUGGACAAUACGAUAAAAAGACCUAAUCCAGCCACAGGUACCCGCAAAAAAUCCAGCAAUGCUGAAGUGAUCAAAGAGCUAAAUAAAUGCCGGGAAGAGAAUUCAAUGCGCUUGGACUUGUCCAAGAGGUCUAUACACAUGCUUCCAUCAGCUAUCAAAGAGCUAACGCAGUUAACAGAACUUUAUUUAUAUAGUAACAAACUGCAGUCCCUACCGGCAGAGGUGGGCUGUCUUGUGAACCUGAUGACACUGGCCCUGAGUGAAAACUCACUUACCAGUUUGCCUGACUCUCUUGAUAACUUGAAGAAACUGCGCAUGCUUGACCUGCGGCAUAACAAGCUUAGAGAAAUCCCUUCGGUGGUGUAUAGGCUAAGCUCUCUCGCCACUCUUUACCUACGCUUUAAUCGUAUAACUACUGUGGAAAAGGAUAUCAAAAACUUGUCAAAACUCACCAUGCUUAGCAUACGAGAGAACAAAAUCAAGCAACUACCUGCUGAAAUUGGUGAGUUGUGUAACCUCAUAACGCUGGAUGUAGCGCACAAUCAGCUUGAACAUCUUCCAGAAGAGAUUGGAAGCUGCACGCAGAUCACCAACCUUGACUUGCAGCACAAUGAGCUCUUGGACCUGCCAGAAACCAUAGGAAAUCUGUCCAGUCUAAGUCGUCUUGGCCUGAGGUACAAUAGGCUGUCAGCAAUUCCGAAGUCUUUAGCAAAAUGCAGUGAACUAGAUGAACUGAACCUGGAGAACAACAACAUUUCUACUUUACCAGAGGGUCUUUUAUCCAGCCUUGUCAAACUGACUAGUUUAACACUGGCCAGGAACUGCUUCCAGUCCUAUCCCGUGGGUGGCCCGUCCCAGUUCUCCACAAUCUACUCUCUCAAUAUGGAACACAACCGCAUCAAUAAAAUCCCCUUUGGAAUUUUCUCUAGAGCUAAAGUAUUAAGUAAGCUGAACAUGAAGGACAAUCAGCUGACCUCUCUCCCCUUGGACUUCGGGACUUGGACUAGUAUGGUAGAACUGAACUUAGCGACUAAUCAGCUCACAAAAAUCCCUGAGGAUGUAUCUGGGCUUGUUUCUCUUGAGGUUCUUAUCUUGUCAAACAAUCUACUAAAGAAACUUCCCCAUGGAAUUGGAAAUCUACGGAAACUCCGAGAGUUAGAUCUAGAGGAAAACAAACUGGAAUCCUUGCCAAAUGAAAUAGCUUACCUCAAGGAUCUGCAGAAAUUGGUUCUGACUAAUAAUCAGUUGACCACCCUUCCCAGAGGUAUUGGUCACCUUACCAAUCUGACACACCUUGGGCUUGGAGAGAAUCUUCUCACACACCUUCCUGAGGAAAUUGGUACACUGGAGAAUCUGGAAGAACUGUAUUUGAAUGACAACCCCAAUCUGCACAGCCUUCCCUUUGAGCUGGCUCUUUGCAGCAAACUGUCAAUAAUGAGUAUUGAGAACUGCCCGCUCAGCCACCUUCCACCUCAGAUUGUUGCAGGAGGACCCUCCUUCAUCAUUCAGUUCCUAAAGAUGCAGGGACCAUAUCGUGCCAUGGUCUGAUGCUAAUCGGAUUGUCCAAUACACUGUACAAAACACAAACUGCAUUAAUGUUGUAAUUGUCUGUAUAUGUAUAUAUAAUAUAAUAUAUGUGGUUUAUAUUAUAUUAUAUAUAUAUAUAAAAAUAUAUAAAUAAUAUAAAAAGGCAAAUUUAAGACUGCAUUAUGUGUUUCUGCUAAUAGAGGAAUCAUAGCCAUUUAGAUUUUUUUUAUUCUGUAAAAAUGCUUGUCUAAGUUUUCUUUGCUGAAUUUGAUGGAAUGUCUGAAUAAUCUGAAAAUGCCAGUUCAUUUAAAGCAAUUGCCAAUGAACUCAAAGUUUAAAUUUAAGGGACAAAAAUAGUUUUGCUUAGAUUUACUUUCAGUUAAGAGAAAUGUGUAACCUUUAUAUAAUGAACUUUUCUGUUUUCCUCCCUCUUUUUUUUUUUUUUUUUUUUUUUUUUUUUUGUGUCAAAACCUGAAAGGGUCAUGUGUCCUGAGGUUGGGAUUUUCUUUUAACUUAUUUUGAGAUUUGAAGCAAAUGGUGUUUUUAUAUUGUUUACAGUCAGAGUAAAUCACUGGAUUUUGUUUUAUUCUGAUUUGCUCUGUUUUAAUCAAUCAUAUCUAGAAUUUAUAUGCCUCUGCUGAUGAAUUUUUAUCAACCGGUUUGUAUACUAAAAACAUAUACUCAUCAGAACAACUGGCAGGUGAAAAGGAUGCAGUCAAAACAAAAAGAAAAGAAAAAAAAAGCUUGAAUUCCUUUAAGUCUUGCUUCCCUGAGUUAUCAGUUGCAGGCAUAACAUAUCUGAACUGAGCCUUUUGCGGUUGGUCUUUUCUAGCACAAGUAAACCUUUUCAGAUUGGUAAAAACAUUGAGUAUACUCAGUGAAGAGCGGUUUUCAUUUUGUGAAGUAACGAGUCCAUGAGGUCUAACAGUACAGUUAAGUGGCAAGGAAAUAAUAUAUAUGUACAUUUUUAUUACAAUGUUGAGUCAUAAACUACAGCAGGCAAUUUUAAGGAUUCCUUAUAGUCCUUGUACAAUAAAUGAAUGUGUCUUACUUUUAAACACUGCAAUAUAUGUAAGUUUUAAGAUUGGUUAACAAUGUACUAUGGUUUUAUAUCUUGACUUGCCUUGUACCUCCUUCCAUUAUGGAACUUCCGUGUCCAAGCACAAUAUCUUCACACUGUGCUGUUUUGCUGCUGAACUAAAUGCACUUUUCCCCACAGCUGGGGCACUUGCUUCAAAAUAUUCAGUUCAGUAUCUUGAUUAUUCUUUUUUAACUUCAUCCUAUCUGUUUCAGUAUUAAACCGAUCUAUUAAAAAAGAGGCACCUUUUUCAUUUGUGCAUAGAUGUUGGUAGCUCAAGAGAAACACUGUAAGUAGUGGACAUUCAGUUUUAUCAUGACUUUAUUGGUUGUUUAAAAGGCAGAAGAUGCUUCAGGGAGACUUACACUAUUGCUGCACUUGUAGGGCCAGUUGUCCUUUUUCAGGAGGGUAGGAACUCGAGGCGGUUACAUUCCACAGUUACUCAAGAACUGUCCAGUUUAUAGUCAUUGGAAUUGCUGCUGGGGUAGUGUGACUUACAGGACUGUACCUCUUGAACAAAAUCAAAUCAAUCGAUGCCAUGGGAAAUCUAUUUCACAUGCAGAAGUUUGGGGAAUAUUAUUUCUGGCUUCCAGGCAUGCUUACUUAGACGUAUUGCCUUGAUCUAUUUGCAUUCUGUUUUGUCGUACGUCUUUUCAUUAACAAGGAGUAAGUUUUAAUGGAAGGCAGGUGGAGAUAUAAAACCUUAGAGGGCUUAAACAUGCUGUAAAACUAUUGUAGAUGUCACUGGAUUUUACUAAGUAAUGUUCUGUUCUUUCUCACACGCUCUGUCUCUCUGUCCCCUCCCCCCCCUUUUUUUUUUUACAUCUACUGUAGCUUUUCAGUUUAGACUUUCUUUAGUUUAUAAAAGGCUAGUUCCUUACAGUUCUGCCUGAAGUUAAUCUUUCUCAGCAUUAAGGUGUUAAAAUAUGAAGAUGCUGAAAUGCUUAGUAUCAAGACUGUAAUCUAACUUCUGAAUAUACUGCUAAAUCCGUAUUUGUGCCCUCAGGUCACUAGAGGAAACUGGUUUGAUUAAUAUGGUUCCUUAAAACAAAAGUGGCGACCCCUUGUGUUCUCAAGCAUUGGUCUCAUUCCCUGUCUGCUCCUCAAUCCCAUUUUUAUAAGAGUUGACGGGAUUGAAUUUGUUUAGUUUGUAAAUAUGUUGAUUAUUCACCUUGUUAAGGUACAUGGUUAAUGACUGUAUGAUUGGAGCUGACCCUCUCUCACAUAAAUUCUUGUGGAGAAGUUGGCUACCAAAAUAGUGCUCGUUACACUCGCUUAAAAACAAACUAUUCUUUUCAUUACACUUAUAGGAAUAAAUAAAGCUAUGUUUUAAUUCAUUACUAUAUUAAAAACAGGAUAUUUUUUCAAACUAUCUUUGUACUAGUAUGGUUGUUGCAAUGCCAGAUAAUCCUGAGCCCUGUUUUAGGAGUUUAAUUUUAUACAUUCUGAGGUGAAUGCUUAUUUUUUCAGUGUCUAAAGAGAGAUUUGAAUAAAAGCAGUGAGAGAAGUUCUGGUACAGGAGAAAUCAAGUCAAAGAAUUUGAAAAGUUCUUUAAAAUUAUCCAAAAGUUUAAGUAUUAAAUGUGGGGCAUGGAUUGGGAAUAGAUGCAUAUAAAUCCGUAUAGUACAUACAUGGAUUUAUAUCCAAAUCCAUACACAGAUCCGUAUAAAUCCAGCUGUUUUGAUCAUUCAAAACAGUCUUACAUCCUGACAUAACAGACUUGCAUUUCCCAGGAUGCUGGAUUGUUAACUGGUGCGGUUUCUAAAUUGUAUUUAAUGCCUGAUGACAUUCAGAUGGACACACAUGCUGUCUUAUAGGUGUUUUAAGAAUUUUGUUUGGCCUAAUCAAAGUAUGAAUGGAAAGAACUUCAUCCGGCCAAGUAUGUAUACAUAUAUGUAUAUGUGUAUCUAUGUAUGUAUGAAAGCAUAGACAAGGUGGAGAAAUUAAUUCUUUAUGGCAUCUUUGAAAACAUGAUGGAGAAACAGGUGAUUCCCAGAUAACUUGUAUUAAAUAUUUAUCCCCCUUGCCACACUGGGGGAAAUAAUUUAGAAGGGUUAUUGAAAAGUGUGACAAUCUUUACUUUGAGUGAAAAUCAUUACCUUAAUUGCUUGCCCAUAGACAAAAUAUCAAUUUUAUAUGUGUCUGUGCUUAUGUACAUAAGAAUAUGUACAUAUACACAUGCCCCAUAAAGACACUAUCCUGAAUCAUGCCUUGAUUUAACAAGCUAAAUUACUGUACUAUAGACUCUAUAGUAUUAUGGAAGUCUGUUAAGGUGUAAAGCAGAUUAGGGAUUUGUUAAACAAUGAAAAGAAGAAAUAACUGCAGUUGUGACUCGUGUUGGUCACAUACUGCAUUUAAAUUCACUAAAUAGAAAGUUGUUUGGUAAUUCUUUGCAAAAAUGUUUUCUUUUAGUAUAAGGAGUUAAAGUUCUGUCUCUGGCUGUCCCAUAUUUAAGUUCGUCACCAAAGUUGUCUAGUAUAAAUGCAAUGGAAAUGCUGCUUGUAAAGUUGGGUCACACAGUUAUGUAAUUGGCACUUUUCAGUUUGCCAGAUGCUAUUGGAAACUUUGAAAUUUAUACACCCUUUUUAGAAAGAGAUUUGGGUUGUAGAAUAUUUGCUUCAGUGCCUCUCGGAUUUAGGUUUUCUUUGCAGUUUUGUCCAUCUUUUGCUAAUGUUGUGUGAGAAAGUGCAUGUUCAGACUUCUUGAAGGUUGUGUUUGCUCAUGUACAUGAUUUAGUAAAUUAGUACUCAGACUGUCUAGCUGGUUAGCGCUGAAACCCAUUGUGUCACCUGGAAUUCAAGUAUCAUCUUUAAUCCUGGGAGUUUGAAAAAUAGCUUUUAUUUAACAAUUAGAAAACUUUGAGAGGUUAUUUCUCCCCCCCCCCCCCUUUUUUUUUUUUAAACCCCCAAAUAAAUUAAAUUUCUGUACCAAUACAAACCCAUCUGAGGGGAGUCUUCAUAUCUGGAUGCAACUAAGAAUUUUCAUAUAGUCAGUAUCACACCUCGGUUGUAUGAAAUUGGCAUGCUGGAAUAGCUUCUAAUUAGACAUUAGAAAUGUGCAGUUGGCAGUAAUUUGCACAACACAAACUUCAAGGCACAGUAAGGACAAUUACAAACAAACAAUAGUAUCUACAAAUGGUUUUUGGUUUUAUGUUAGCAAAGAUCAGAAAAUUAUGUUUUAUUAUUCUGAUGUUUAGGUCUUAUCCAGGACUGCACAGGACUUUUGCUGUGGAAAAAUACCAGACCACGCUAAUUUUGUGGUUAAAAGCUAAACAAGAGUGUAAACAGUCUACAAAAAUGUACUUUUAAUCUGAAUUAUUGUAAUGUUGAUUGUUAUGUCUAUAUAAAAGAUUGCCUUGCUUUUUUAUAAGAGUCAUUCUGUAUCAAUGCAUUCAUUAUAAAUAGUAUAUUUGUAAAUAA